CUUUCUUCAGCACCCUGCCGCAGACUCGCCAUCAGCCUCGCCUCUCUCUGUCAAACAGAACCUGACUGAACCGAGAUCGGACCGAAUCACUAUGACGGAAACCAGUAAGACGCACGUCAUCCUGCUGUCCUGCGGCAGCUUCAACCCCAUCACCAAGGGACACAUCCAUAUGUUCGAAAAAGCCAGAGAAUAUCUGCACCAAACUGGACGUUUCAUCGUGAUCGGAGGGAUCAUCUCACCAGUUCAUGACUCCUAUGGAAAACCUGGCUUGGUGUCCAGUCAACAUCGCCUUACCAUGUGUCAACUGGCUGUGCAGUCUUCUGAUUGGAUCAGGGUGGAUCCCUGGGAGUGUUAUCAGGAAACCUGGCAGACCACGUGCAGCGUGUUGGAGCACCAUCGUGACCUCAUGAAGAGAGUCACCGGAUGCAUCCUUUCCAAUGUCAACACGCCCUCAACCACUCCUGUGAUUGGUCAGCCACAGAACCAGACUCCACCCAUCUACCAGGACCACAACGACAUGAACCAUAAGCCCACAGCCAUCAAGCUUUGGGGGAAGAUCAGUGAGAAUUUGGGUAAAAUCUGCUGUGUUCGGCCCAACAUGGAGCGUUUCACAUUUGUUGAUGAAAAUGCCAACCUGGGGACCACGGUGAGGUAUGAGGAGAUUGAGUUACGCAUCUUGCUCCUGUGUGGCAGUGAUCUCCUGGAGUCCUUCUGCAUCCCUGGCCUGUGGAAGGACAGUGAUAUGGAGGUGAUUGUGGGUGAUUUUGGGAUAGUGGUUGUUCCUCGUGACGGCGUGGACACAGAGAGGAUCAUGAAUCAUUCUUCAGUCCUCCGCAAAUACAAGGAAAACAUCAUUGUGGUAAAGGAUGCAACAAACCACCCGAUGUCCAUCGUCAGCUCAACCAAGAGCAGACUGGCUCUGCAGCACGGAGACGGACACGUGGUGGACUACCUGAGUCAGCCUGUCAUCGACUACAUCCUGCAGAGCCAGCUCUACAUCAACACCUCAGGAUAGAGCCGCCGGACCACACGACAACUGGGACAAUUAAUAUGGAGGGAGGGGGGGCUAAAACGCCUAACAUCUAUAUAACCCCCCCAUGCAGAAAACUGAAACCUGUCUGUCUUCUGUGUCAACAUAUACUCUCCUUUUGAGCUUUUAAAGAGGAGCUUUAGUGUCCAUACUUCUGUGUUAUUUGACUUUACCUUGGGUGGGAGCGGGGGGGAGGGGCAUGUUAAAUCAUAAGGCAUGCAUGGCAGACCGCUGGGCAUGCUCAGUGUGCACCAACUUCCAUCUUUUUCAGGGUAUUUGCUCAUCUCUCAUGGAUGCAGACCUAAAGGAUUCCUCUUAGUCUAAGAAACACUUUUCUGAUUUCCCCGCAUUGAUAGAGUUUAAAGCUGCUGCAAACCAUCAAGCUUUUAGUCAAGAAACCCACAUAAACUUCUACCUGAAGGGGGACAAUCCAUUGAUGUUUUUCCUCAAAUACAGGUUCAUCUUCUCAGCUUUAUCCCUUAGCUUCUCAUCCAUGAUCUUAGUGGCUGCCUCCAAAGCUAAAUCGCUGUCAUAU